GCCACCCGUUACGUCGUUUUGACGCUUCUGAUACCUUUUCUCUUUCACGCUUCAUCUCCACGUUUCCACGACCCAUUUCCAUCCAUUUGUCAGGCGCUGAGCGACAUGAUCGGCUUCGGCAGCAUGGUCCUCGCCUCCGGGGCCACCGUGUUGUCAGGUUUCAUCGGCGAUCGAAUCGGUCGUUGCCUGCCCGGCCGGUGUCUUUUGAUUGUGAUCAGUUUCGCUUCCGCCUGGAACACUUUGAUCGUAUUCGGUUGGCUCUGGUACGAGUCCGCCUGCGAAACCGGUUAUCCCGCGGUCGAGGAGCUGAUAAGCGGAUUUUUGGCCCUCGGACUAAAUAUCAGCAUGACAACCUGUCUUUCCUUAACACUCAUCCCAGCUCUGGGUGCGUAUCCAACAUGCUUGGAGUAA